GUUACCGAUCAGUUUCUAUUGGCGCCUCUCGAGUACGAUCGCACACACUUCUCCCUCUCUGACUGAAACUACUUGGGGCUUGAUAUGCAAGAGUGCGAACAACACCUUGCCAUACUUUGUUCGAUAAUCGUUAGUUUACUAUCUAUGUACGCCACCGCCAACGAGAAGAAGUAGUGCAAUCGUCUAGCAGAACGCGUGCGGUAACCGUUGCUAUCCAUUGUAAUAACGACAUCAUAACAAUAUGUACUCUCUGCGAAUGAUCAGUGUUUGUGUUGUGUUAUCGUCGGUGUUUCUACUGUCCUGUGGGAGUCCCUCGCAGGAAUUUGUCCAAUAUCUAACGACCACGCCAACUGAUCACGUGCAUCCUCCCCCAGAUCGUGAUGGGGACGAAGGGAUACAGAACCGAAAGAAAAGACUGAUCUCCGCAUCGGAUUACGAACAAACUGCCCAGUUUUGGAAUAUUGGGGCCCAAUUGAAGCUGAAGGAGCAACUGCUUAAGCGGAAAAACGUCAAUGUAGCAAAGAAUGUGAUCUUCUUCCUGGGGGAUGGAAUGUCGAUACCAACGCUGGCGGCAAGUCGCAUGUACCUCGGACAGCUGCAAGGCCACUCGGGCGAGGAAUCGCAACUAUCCUUCGAAGAGUUUCCCGACAUUGGUCUAGUCAAGACAUAUUGCGUGGACAAGCAGGUUGCAGAUUCGGCUUGCUCGGCGACCGCUUAUUUGUGCGGAGUCAAGGCGAACUAUGCCACGAUCGGUGUGACAGCAGCGGUUAAAUAUGAUAACUGCGCUGCCGGCAGUGACCCCAAAAAUCAUGUCAACUCGAUUAUGAAAUGGGCUCAAGCAGCCGGAAAAGCCACAGGCAUUGUUACCACGACCAGGGUUACCCAUGCCAGCCCUGCCGCCACUUAUGCCCAUGCUUCGAAUCGGGAACAUGAGAGCGACGCUGAUAUUCUGUCGCAGAAAGCCGAUCCCAGAGUCUGCCAAGACAUCGCCUCUCAGCUAGUUCGCAAUAAUCCGGGCAAAAAUUUCAAUGUUAUCUUCGGAGGCGGCAGACGAAAAUUCACUCCCAAUACCGAGAAAGAUCCCUCAGGUAAACGCGGUCAACGCAUGGAUGGCGUUAACCUGAUCUCAGAAUGGUACUACAGCAAACCACCUGGUUCUGCUAGAUAUGUAACCAACAAGCAAGAGCUUUCAGGAAUCAACUUCAAUGAAACCGAAUAUCUGAUGGGGCUGUUCAACUAUGAUCACAUGAAAUACCACAUGGACAGCAACCCUCAAGAAGAUCCAAGCCUUAGUGAUCUCACCUAUGCUGCCAUUAAAACCCUGGAAAAGAACCCUUCCGGAUAUGUAUUGUUCGUAGAAGGCGGCAAAAUCGAUUUGGCUCACCACGAAACCAAAGCGCGAAAAUCAUUGGAUGAAACUGUUCAACUUUCCGAAGCGGUACAACUCGCAACACAGCUCACCAGCGCAGAAAAUACGCUGAUUCUUGUCACGGCAGACCACGCACACACAAUGUCCUUGGCAGGCUAUUCCAAACGUGGUCACGACAUUCUAGGGCUCAGUGGUUCUUCCGUUGACAAGGGUAAAAGCCCUUAUACGACCUUAUCGUAUGCCAACGGCCCAGGAGGGCCGCUCCUCUCCGAAGGUAACCGACUGAAUUUUACCGAGGAUAUGCUGACCAAUAAGGACUUCCAGUAUCCGAAACUAGUCCCCUUGAAGUAUGAAACACACGGUGGAGACGAUGUCGCGUUGUUCGCUUACGGACCGUGGUCGCAUCUCUUCUCUGGAAUGUACGAGCAGAACGUUAUUCCGCACAUAAUCGGAUAUGCAGCGUGUAUAGGGAAAGGCUUGACGGCAUGCAAUGGGUAAGUGAGCGGUAAGUGGUUAGCUGUCCCGUUUGUUUUAUCAAUUUGAUGUAAGAUAGUAACUGUCAACAACUAUUUACGUGUUCAAAAUAGUGCACGUUACAUUUCUCUUCUUUCUAGUAUGUAUUAUAGUAGAAUUUAUUUCCUAAUAGAAUACAUUUAAAUUUAGCUGUAAUGAAAAAUAAAUUAAUAAUUUCUGUUUUUAUCAUAGUGAUGCGAAUGUAAAUAAAGAUAUGAUUUUUGUUUUUCAAUCAUGUUUAAGUCCAGAAAA